AAAAAAAAAAAAAAAAAGAAGUGGGGGGGAAGAAGGGGGCCGAGUCAUGGAGCUUUACUGCCUGGAGUCGGACAUAACCGUGAAAGCCCAGCCUGACCCAAACAUCCUCUAUGAUGACAGAGUGUUGCAAAGCUUAUUAACAAUUGAGGACAGGUUUUUACCUCAGUGCUCAUACUUCCAGCGGGUCCAGAAGGACAUUCAGCCUUAUAUGAGACGAAUGGUUGCAGGCUGGAUGCACGAGGUUUGUGAAGAGGAGAAGAGUAACGAAGAUGUCUUCCCUUUAGCCAUUAAUUAUUUGGACAGAUUUUUAGCAGUGAUGCCCACUAGAAAGAGCUAUUUGCAGCUUCUGGGAGCCGUGUGCAUGUUCCUGGCCUCCAAGUUAAAGGACAGCAGGCCGCUAUCAGCAGAAAAACUUUGCAUGUACACAGACAACUCCAUCACACCACGGGAACUGCUGGACUGGGAACUGGUGGUGCUGGGGAAAUUGAAGUGGAACAUGGCCUCAGUCAUUCCCAAUGAUUUUAUAGAGCACAUCAUACGCAGGCUGCCCCUUCCCAAAGACAAAGUGGCGAUGGUCCGCAAACACACACUGACAUUCAUCGCCCUCUGUGCCACAGAUGACCGCCUUGCCAUGAACCCUCCUUCCAUGAUUGCCUCGGGCAGCAUGGGAGCUGCUGUCUGUGGCCUCCAGCUGGACCACACUGACCAGAGGCUGAGUCGAGACAACCUGACAGACCUGCUGGCCAAGAUCACCAACACAGAGGUGGAUUGUCUGAGGGCGUGCCAGGAACAAAUCGAGCGUGUGCUAGCCACCAGCCUGCAGCAGGGCCAGCAGUACCGGCAGGAUACCAGGGUCAGAGCAGGCAACAAAGCGAGGGAGCAGCAAGACCAGUCCAGCACCCCCACAGAUGUACGUGAUGUCAACUUAUGAACUCCCGUCGCAACCUGACUCGCACACCACCCAUGCCUGUCUACCAAUGAACUAACCGGAGCGAUCGAGGGGGCAUGAGAUGCCAGUAUCUACGUCAAGUCACUGCAUGAGCGAUGGUGUGACAAUCUAUGAACUUUUAGAAAUUAAGAAAUUUCUAGUUUUUCUCUUUUUUGCCCCAUUCAUACCUGGCUGGCUGUACUUUCACCUUUUGUACAGGCCACAUUUAAUCAAACAAGCUAUUUAAAAAAAAAAAAGGUAAAUUCUUGAAAACUUGAUAGUGCCUUAGGUUUCCCAGAAUGGAAACCUGAAUAUAUUUUCAUACUUGAAAAAAAAAAAAUAGCAUAAUUAUAUGAAAUAUACAUAUUUCUUUUGAUGCAACCUAGCAAAAAUAAAUAUGAUAAAUAAUGUAUAUUUAGCUAGCAUUAGUUAUGUUAAUCUUUAUCAUCUUUAGCAAACAGUUAUCAAUUCACAGUUUUAUCGGGGGUUUUUCCUCAUCUGAAAAUCCAUGUAGUAGUGAUUGAAAUGCUGAUAAUACAGUACAUGGCAUUUAAACAAAGCUGAUAUCCAGCCAGAGGAGCGCUACUGUAGCUGGCUGCUCUCUCUAUCUAUCAUACUGUGUGCACCUGUAGCACUGCUUACUAUUUAUGCUGAAAAGUGCUGGCCAGGAGUGGGCUGGGCCUGCUCACCGAAGAAGGACAUGAGGGGGGGUUUGAGCAGUGGCUAAUGUCUGAAAGGUUAAGGCAGAAGACAAGGUCAGUUAUUAAGGUCUUGAUUUCCCUGCUGAAUCCACAGACUAGUACAGUAUGUUAACAGGACUGUGUGUACAUGUAUAUGAUUUCAGCGAGGCUACAUUUAAAUGUUCCGAUUUUGGUGUCGCUCCUACGCGUUAGAGAGCAGUUACAAGUGUUUAGUAGUUAGUUUAGAGGGGGUUUUAGCCUGAGUCAGGUAGUAGUGAUGUCAUGUUACUUGUGAAAAAGGAGAUUUGGCAAGUUUUUACUGGUUUGAGGGGAAACGAAUGAAGAAUGAAGGGGUUCUUGUAAGGUUUUUGGGAAAAGAUAAGCAUGUGGAAAGUUGGGGAAAAAAACGCAAGAAGUCUGGAUUGAUGAAUGAUAGCGAAACAACGAGGAAGUUUACUUAAGCUAUAUGAUGUUUCUGCAGUUACACAAUACUUGAGUGACACACAGAAGGAGGAGAAAUCCCUGAUGAUGUCCACGGGAUCAGUUUGGGUGUGCCGCAGUUUCUCCUGUUAUCAAUUAUACCUUUUAACUUUUUGGAGAGAGGGCGACUUAUAACAAUAUUGAUGCACUUUUAAAAACACACUCCUUAAGAUUGGUAAGGGGGAUGGUGGUUGAGGAGAGUUCAGUGGGUUGUUAGGGUCAAUUAUGUUCUUAUUUUAGUUUUUCUUUAAGUUAUUUUUUUUUUUUUUUUUUUUUCUGGGCUGGAUUCCCAUGGGGUAACGCACGUUGUCUUGAAAGCUACGCCUCGACAGGUGAGGAGACGUAGGAUAAUCGGUGUUAUAGUAUAAUAGUAUAGAAACUACGGAAAGCCAAGUCACAUGUAGACUUAGAUUUUUUUUUUUUUUUUUUUUUGGUUCAAAGCGUUUAUUUACUUGAAAUUUGUUCAUUCAUAGCCAAAACCUUCCAAUAGUUUUUUUUUUUUUUCAAAGAGUUACACACAAACUGUGUCCAAAAUAUUCUUGUUAAUGUUUUGCUCUUUUUAUGUAAACUGCUCUCUGAACUGAAAUUUUAAAACUGCCAUUUUUGUGACUUCUCUCCAGUUAUGGACAUGGGUAGGAAGGGGUUUACAUAGUGUGAAAGCUUGUAUAUAACCAAUUUCCCCAAGAGCAGAAAUGCCACAAAUCCUCAUUACGUUUUAGAAAGAAAUAGUUUCUAAAUUAUAUACAUGCAUGUUGUGCAAAAGCCAAAUGUUUUUUUUCCUAAAAAUGUGCUUUAAAAAAGACAAAAUGUUUAUGCAUUUAAAGGUUUUGUGUGUAAUUUGUAAGACAUAAUUCCAAAGUGAGAAAAAUAGAUUAUACACAUGAUUCUCUUGCUGCUAUGAAGCUUUUCCUUUCUAGUCUUACACAAAGAUGCCUUAUUGUGAUUCACUUGUGUGCUGCUAUAUUAUGAAUUUUGUAUACGUAACAAGUCUUCUUUGCUUUUCUGUUGUAUAUGUACUGGAGGGAACGUAACACAGUUUGGUGCGGGACUGGAAGUACUUGUGUUUGCCGAUCUUUUUGAUUAGCAUGUUUUAUUCUUUUAUUGUUUCAUUUGUAUCUUUAUAUUCUAUCAUAUUCUUGCUGCUUCUUUGUAAUGUUUGUGUACCUCAGGUUAAUUUGGACGGAUAGAGCGAGAGCCCAUCUCAUCAUUACCUCAUCACAUUUCACAUCACACACGUCGUUUUCACUCUGAAUUUGUUGGACGGGUUUCACUUUUUUUUCUGUCUGGAUGAGAGGAAGUAUGGUGCUUCUUCUCUUUAAAUAAAAAAAAAAAAAUUUCAACCGCCAGAUUCCACUGAGCAGUUAAAAGUGCCUAUACUUUAAAAUAGGUCGUUUCAUACAUCUGGUGCUAAGUCAAAAACAGCGUAUACCGUAUGUUAUACAUGUAUCAGAAAGACAAAAAAAAAGGUAUAUUUUUUUCCUACUUGGAGUUUCAUUGGCAUGUUUUGAUCAGUUCAUUGGAAUAAAGUGGAAUAUUGUUUAGUUUUGAGGUACCCAUUUAGUCAAAGUUUAAACCACGUGAAUGUUUUAGCGUUGUUCAGUGUGGUUGUUAUUCCAAACUCCUCUCCCACUGUCCCCAUGUGCAACCACACAGUGUACCUCAACAAUUUCUCCUCAAUAAAUUGGCUAAAAUCA